GGUAGUAAACGGUAUCAACACAAUUUGUUGCGAAUUGUUAUUAAAAGUUUUGAACGGAAAUAACUGUACAAUCGGACCGGUAUCAUGUAUCUUAACGAUUAUCUCACCAAAAUUAUGCGCGUGUGGAACGCACAGGAAGGUCAGGCGGUCGCGCGGUUCCUUUCCCUACAGGACAGUCAUGUAAACAAUCCCAACCUCCACAAAGAGAACCUCGAUGCCGUCGUUAGUCGCCAGCUCGUGUCUCCGUUGGACGAAAUUGUGACCGCACACCUGAAGACUGUGUAUCAUUUGAUGCGAACUAGCACGCCCAACUACAACGAAGCGUAUCGCCAUCAAACAAGCUGCAUCCAGGCGGUGGUGAAAAUGUUACAACAAAUCAAGGAAGAGAACUGGGUCCUACCGAUCAUGUACGUGACUUCGAUCGAUCUGCGACUGCUGGCGGCCAAGUGCGAGAUGCACGCAAAGAGCUCGAAGGCUGGGGAAAUUCUCGAGAAAGCAGCGGAAAGCCUAAUGUCAUGCUUCCGAGUGUGCGCCGGCGAUACGCGGUCAUCCGACGAGGAAACCAAGCGACUCGGCAUGCUAAAUCUCGUCAACCAACUGCUGAAGGUGUACUUUCGCAUCAACAAGCUGCACCUGUGCAAACCCCUCAUCCGGGCGAUCGAUAGUUCAAACUUUAAGGAAAGCUUUAGCCUGGCGCAACGUAUAACGUACAAAUACUUCGCCGGACGGAAAGCAAUGUACGAUUCGAACUUCAAGAGUGCGGAAGAGUAUUUGACCUUUGCGUUCGAAAACUGCCCGAGAAGAUUCACCAAGAACAAGCGAUUGAUUCUGAUCUAUCUGACGCCGGUUAAAAUGUUGCUCGGUUAUAUGCCCCGGAAAGAAAUACUGGAACGGUACAAUUUGCUCCAGUUCCACGAUCUGGCCGCAGCCGUGAAGGAAGGCAACGUACGGAAGUUCGACGAAGCGAUCCGACGCCAUGAAAUGUUCUUAAUUAACGCAGGUGUGUAUUUGAUUGUGGAAAAGCUGAAAAUCAUUACCUACCGGAAUCUGAUUAAGAAGGUGUAUCUAAUUCUGGAGACACAUCAAAUCGACAUGGACGCCAUACAUACCGCACUGCAAUUUUCCGGUGUUGAAGACGUGUCCAUCGAUGAGACGCACUGCAUAGUGGCUAAUUUGAUCUACGAGAGCCGCAUUAAAGGAUAUAUAAGCUAUCAGCACAAUAAGUUGGUCAUAUCGAAGCAAAAUGCAUUCCCAAAUGUGGUAGCAGUGUAACAAAAGAGGA